AUGGUUGUACGAUCGUUAGAUGUGAAUAAAGAUCAAUUUUGUUCUUGUGAGAAUGAUGAAGAGUUUCUUGGUCUUGAAGUACUAUAUCUAAGUGCCAUAGGAGCAUUGAUGUAUCUUGCAAACAACACAAGAACUGAUAUAGCUUUUGCUGUAAACUUAUUAGCAAGAUUUGGUUCUUCUCCAACACGUAGACUUUGGAAUGGAAUUAAACAUGUAUGUAGAUAUCUCAGAGGGACCAUUGAUAUGAAGUUAUUUUAUUCAAAUGAUUCAAAAUCCCUAUUAGUUGGUUAUGCUGAUGCUGGAUAUUUAUCGGAUCUACAUAAAGGUCGAUCUCAAACGAGAUAUUUAUUUACAUGUGGAGGUACUGCUACAUCAUGGCGUUCGACAAAGCAGGCAUUAGCUGCUACCUCUUCAAGUUAUGCUAAAAUAAUUGAAAUGCAUGAGGCAAGCUGA